AUGAAAUUCUCGUCAUUUUUCCUCAUUGCCAUUCUCCUUCUACAGGGUUUUGCAGAGGCAUUAACCUUUGAUGCUGCAGAGUCUCCUACUCUGGUAGAUGAACCAGGAAACUUAGGAGGCCUUCUCAAGAAAAGCCGACAUCCAAAAAUCAAUUGCAGUCAUGAAUGCACAAGAAGAUGCAGCAAGUCAUCAAGAAAGAAUGUGUGCCAUCGCGCAUGCAAAACUUGUUGCGAGAGAUGCCACUGCGUGCCGCCAGGAACUUAUGGCAACAAAAAUGUGUGUCCCUGCUACGCUAAUCAACGAACACACGGAAAUAAGCCCAAGUGUCCUUAG